CCAAUCGCUGGCCACACAGGUGACUCCACCGCCACAAAAAACACUGUGAUCUGUCAACAUUACAGUGAAGGGAACAGCGCACAGGGCAAUCGGGAUAAACAAGACAUCUACAGCUGAAUCAACAAGGGAAAGGACAUGAAGAGACGGGCUGUGGCUGCAGAGUCUGCGAGACAGACAGGACAGGUGUGGGACUCAUUGAAGAAGGCUGCCUUUGUUCUGGGCUCUGGGCUUUUCAUCUUGGUUGCGUUCAGGAACUCCGUCACUUGGCACCUGCAGCGGUUCUGGGGAGCGUCGGGGGAUUUCUGGCAGACGCAGUGGGGGAAGCUGCACAGCCUGUUCAGAGGCCAUGAGGUGGCACUGUUCUUCCUGGGGACCAUGCUGGCUCCUACCAUCGCAUUCUGGUCCUUUAACGCAAUGCUCAUGCUGGCCGACGCGACUGGAGUCCCUGCCUUCAUCACCCGCUACAGGAUUCAGAGGGACAGGAACAAUCCGGUUGAGCCAGCGAAGCUGUGGCAGGCUGUGAGGACAGUUCUGUUUAAUCAGUUCUGCCUCUCUGUUCCCAUGGUGAUGCUCAUGUAUCCCAUCAUGCAAUGGAGAGGAAACCCAUGUGGACCGGAGCUGCCUACCUUCCACUGGGCGCUGCUGGAGAUCGCCAUCUUCGGGCUGAUGGAAGAGAUUAUGUUCUACUACUCACACAGGUUGUUCCAUCACCCGGCUCUGUACAAGCAUUUCCAUAAGGUGCACCACGAGUGGACGGCCCCAAUCGGAGUGGUGGCUCUCUAUGCCCAUCCUGUAGAGCACGUGUUAUCCAAUAUGCUGCCUCCCAUGCUCGGUCCCAUGUUAAUGGGCUCCCACGUUGCCACCACCACGCUGUGGUUUUGCGUGGCUCUGGUGAUCACCAGCAUAUCACACUGUGGGUACCACCUGCCCUUCCUGCCCUCUCCCGAAUUCCACGAUUUCCAUCACCUCAAGUUUAACCAGUGCUAUGGAGUGCUGGGGGUUCUGGACAGACUGCAUGGCACAGAUACUGUCUUCAAGAAGACCAAAGCGUACGAGCGCCACACCCUGCUGCUCAACCUCACACCUCUCUCGGAGAGCAUCCCAGACACCCCCAAGCAGGGAGAGUGAACUGUGAGCCUGGAGGACAACGCACUCACGCUGGGGGACAUACGACCACGUGGACCAUCUUUUAAAUUUCAUACAUUUUAUAAAUCAGUAAGCUACAGUUUAAACAGCAAUAUGAUGUGAACAAACUGCUGGUAUCCUUCUGGGCCUUUGUCUGUCACAUUUCAUGACUUUUUAUAUUAAUAAUAAUAAUAAUAAUAAUAAUAAUAAUAGUUACUUUUUAAAUGUAAUUUCUCGAUUGAUCUGUUAUGUAUGCUUUCAUGGGGCAGUGUUUGUAUAAAUCCCUACAAUGCCAUUCUCUUACAUUUCAACAAUUGAGAUGUAAAGCACUUUAGAAAUCACUUAUAAGCUAAAUAAACCAGAAAGCACUUA